AUGGCGGCGUCCAUGGCCGCCUCGGUCGACACCACCUACCACAGCUUUUACGACGUCGAGAUGUCCAACACGCCGCCGCCGCCCCAGAAGCAGAAGACGGCCGAGCCCAUCGCGCGCAAUGCCUCAACCCGCAGCAACGCCACGGCCCGUCGCCAAUCUCACGACCGUCCCACGACCGCCGUCCAGAUCAAGCGACAGGACUCUGGCUACGGCUCCAGCUCCGUCUCGUCGCCCCGACCAUCCACCUCCUACUCGCGUCCUGCCGCCCCCAGACGCUCGUCCACCACCAACGCACACACCUCCUCCUCCUCCUCCAAGGCGAGCUCCGGCCUCAGCGUCUUGCGCAGCCGCACCCGUCCCUCCACCCGCCGUUCCUCCAACAAGUCCUACCACCUGCACAACACCAACAACACCUCCUCGUCCCUCAGCGCUGGCGCCCCCUCCUCCGCCACGGGAACCCACGCCCGCGCCCUCCAUCCCCCCCAGGCGCAGCACUACUGGACCAGCGACCGCACCCGCCGCCUCGAGUACGCCGCCAUCGACGCGGCCAGCCGCGGCGUCAAGGGCUGGAUCAAGCGCAACCUCGUCCCCGACUGCUUCGUCGCCGAGGACAGGCACGUCGCCUUCGACGACGACUCGGGCAGCGUCCGUCGGUACAGGCUCGAGCUCGAGGAGGAGCCCCAGGACGAGAAGGCCAAGACGUGCCGCAGCGCCUGGCACUUCUGGAGGAGCAGGUCGCACCAGGAACGUCAGCAUCAUUAUUAA